AUGAAAAGCAAUUUUUAUUAUAGUAUUCUCGAUCGGGAUGUGAACUCGAGCACCAACGACCGGGUGCAUGUCUUUAUAAACUCGUCUUUCAUAGAUGAUUUACGCCACAUACUAUGCGUAUCACUCGAAUUACUUCUCUUUCCUUUGCAGGAAGCUGUUAUAUUCAAGUUUUCAAAUGUCGUUUGUAAGUCGUUCAAUGAAUCAUGGUUUCUUUUCCAUCAAUGUCGAAUCAAGGCCGUUAAGCGCAAUGUGAAUACUUUGAACUUCAACGGAACUGUGCUUUAUCCUGCUUACAAUAUUUUUGUUCACUUACAAGUAUUUAAAAAGGCCAAUGGAUACAAGCCAUGGCUUGUCAAUGUCACUGUUGAUGGUUGUCGAUUUAUCAAGAAGCCAAACAGUCCCGUCGCACUGCUAAUUUUUAAUUUAUUUAAAGAUUUCUCCAACUUUAACCACUCAUGUCCUUAUAUGGGCUCGCAAUUAGUUCAAGGAUUUUAUCUUCGUCAUGAACUAUUGAAACUGCCUUUACCGUCUGGCGAAUAUUUAUUAGCAAUAAAUUGGUUAUUUGAUAGAAGACCUCAAUUUAAAACAGAUGUAUAUUUUGUUUUCACAGAA